AAAAAAGAGGAAGUUGGGAGGGAUUAAAAAAAAAAAAGUCCAUUGGAGGAAAACGAAAGUUCAGGUUUCUCCCUGGCUGAGUUGCUGGCAAGGAAGGAACUCUCUCCUGUGGGGCAGGAAAGCAGAAUCGACUUGCAAGCCUACGGCGGCUUUCUCGGUGGGAAACCAGAGCAGCUCGGGGGCAGCACCAUGGAUUCCUGCCCGGGGGAGGAAGGCAUGGCUCUAGCCAUCCCCCCGCUGAGGCAGAGUGAGAAGUUCCAUCUAUUUGUCAGCUACAGCAGCAUGGACGCUGCCUGGACGCACAUGCUCAUCAGCCGCCUGGAAGCCACCCACGCCGGGCUGAGGGUCUGCCUGCACCAGCGGGACUUCACCCCGGGCAGGAAUGUCCUGGAGAACAUAGCGGACUGCAUCCACCAGAGCCAGAAGGUGCUGCUGGUGCUGAGUCAGGACUUUGUGCAGAGCAGGUGGUGCCUCCUGGAGGCCGACCUGUCGCUCUUCGGUUACUGCCUGGAGAGGAAGCCUGUCAUCCCUGUUCUGCUCAGGCCCUGCCAGGUUCCGCUGCACCUCAGCCACCUCACGUACCUGGAAGCCACUGACAGCCGCUUCUACAACAAGGUGGUGCAGCUGCUGUGCACACCCAACCACCGUCUGGCACGCUCCCUGCCGGGCCUACGCCCGGUCCCUUCCCUCUACAGUGGGAAGACCCUGCUGACCCUGAACUGCAUCAACAGGGACAUCCUGCCCUCGUGGAAGGUGGGGACCUUCAGCACCCUUAGCAUCCCAGACCCCUUGAAGGAGGUGUUGGAGGACCCCGAGGUGUACAAGCAUGCCGUGGGCAUUCUGAAUGGGGUGCAGUCCCCCAGAUCCUGCCUCCGGUACCUGGGCUGUAGAAUCGUGCUUGGCAUCUUCCUCAUUCUUCUCGCCAUGUUAUCAGUUUUCUUAAUUGUGGUUUCUGGACUCGACCAAGAAAAUCCAGGUGGUUCGGUUUUUCACAUAGCCACCGUCAGUGUAUUUGUCUGCCUCCUCUUCGUGGUCUUAGCAGUUAACAGCCUGUGCUGGUUCAGAAGGUUUUCAAAGAGGAAGAUGCAGGAGCUCGUCCUCAGAGUUGGGGAGGCCAACCAGCUGCUGGCGCGCCACUCGGUGCUGCUGGGCUGUGAGACCAUGAACAAGCUCUACUUCGUGUUCGUGCUGCUGGAGGACUGCAGACGGGCCUUCCUCCAGGCCCCCGAUGGCGAGGCCCUGUUCCAGGAGGCCCUGCUGCGGUUCUCGUCCGCCUACGCCUGCUGCCUGGUCCACGCACACUUCCCCCUCUGCGAGGAUGCCGCAGGAGCUCAGGGCCACCUGGAGCUGGGUCUGUGCUUCUGCCAGUUUGUCUCUCUGCAGCUGAAGAAAACUGGGGGUUCGGGGUGAACCCCGUGUGUUGGCAAGAGGGCCCCGGGGCUGCACCUUUUGUUGGACGUCCAGCUGCCCAACGUCUGGCCCUGAGGACGUGGCUGCAAUGAGGCCCGGAUGGUGCAUAUAGGCCUCUCACCUGUGGUUAGCUGUGCCAAGCAGGGCGGUCCGCGGGCCCCUGCACUGCCCAGAGGACCCCACAGCCUGCUCUGAGGGCAGAGGUGACUGCUGUCAGCCCCCCCAGGCCUAGUGUCCUGCUCUGGACUGACAGCUGGCGGGGGGGACUUCGGCCAAACUACCUGAGAGAGGCCAGGGAAAGCAGUGGGCUCACUUCAGGACCCCUCAGAUCCCCUUAGGAACUGUCCUGCCCCUCAGGUGGAGACAGCCACCGCCCCUCUCUGGAUGGCCAGUUAGUGUCCUGCGGGCCAGGGCAGGAUGCACUAGUUCCCUGGGCCCUCUCUGCGAGUAGCUCCUCCA